AUGAGAACACGUAAAUUCUACACAGAAUCUGAAGACGUCAGAAUGUUGAAGUGGGUUGUUAGGAACGAAGACCUCGAAAGUGCAACGGGAAUCGUAAUAUGGAAAGAAUAUAAAUUCAAAUAUCGGAGUGAACACUCUGAUCAAUCACUGCUUGGCAGAAUUCGUCGUCAAAUUAUCCCCAAUCUGAUCCAUUACGUGUCCCUCUUGACCCCACUGGAAGUCGUGUCACUCCACAGAAUUUUCGGCUCAAGAUUGGAUCCGACAACACGGAUAAUUAUGCGCCAGUACAUAUCGAGGUGGAAGAGCAAUGACGUGGCAGUUGGAGAAAAGAGAACUAUUCGGAGUUCACCGGUGGAGAAGAGGAGUCCAAGAGUUGAAAAAACUGCAGAGAAAACAAAAAAUACAGAAAUCCCGAUCGUUACUGUAGAAAAUGAUUGCAUGGAUAUCGAGGUAAUUGAGUCUAGAGAAAAUGUGGAACUGCCAAAGAAUCCUGAACCGAUGCAACGUGGAAAACGGCCAACACCGACGAAUCCUCAGCCAGCUGAAAUUCCAGUACCUCCACUUAAUCCAGAACAUUCUAGCCAAUCAGAAAGUGUAGUUCCUGAUAGCACAGAACAGGAAACUAGAUCUUUUUGCGCAGAAAUGUGGAAUAUGGAAAUGAAAUCAGUUGCUGAGCAGGGAGCGUUGUCGAUUCAUAACUUGCUACACAAAGAUAAAGCAAUCGAUAAAGAAAAACUAGAAAAGCUCUUCGAAAAAAUGUUCGCUGGACCUGGAGCUGAUCAAGACGAUUUCUCAAUUACUAGUGUUCGAUCACCACACUCGAAACAUACCAGAAUGCAAUAUUUCUUCAAAAAUUUUCAAGAAUUGAACAGAUUAUCUGCUAAUCCGCAUGUUCGAUUCGCCGUAUUCUUAUUCAUUCAGUUUUUCGAAUACGAAAUCGUUCACAGCCUUUCUCAUUCACGCGAAAAAUAUAAUGAAGCGAUGAAUCGGCUGACCAAGAUUGCAAUUCAAAUCGCCACACUUUAA